CUUUUUUUUUUUUUUUUAAUCUUCUCCCUAGCGCAAGUCACAACGAUCCUCGCCGUCCGAAACCGUACCUGCACAAGACACGCUGCGGCAAGCGUUGUGAUACCCUGACAGAAACGUCAAUAGCCGAGGCACCAUGGCGGCCUCGGCGUUCUUGGAGGAGUUGAAGGCCGUUGCAGAGGGCAUCGCGCUAGACCCGGCAUAUCAUGACGUCCUAUCGCUGGUGAAGACGGUGCGCAAUGGCGCAGUCUACGGAACCAAAGUGCGGUUUCCGCACGCGCUGGUGAUGAUCUUUCUCUUCCGAUCCGGAACAUUCAAAGAAAAGGCUUCGUUGGUGUUUAGAGCUACGAAGAAGCAUGCCACAAACUUGGCCAAAUUUGCGUCCAUAUACAAGAUUACAAUGCUGGCGCUGAAGCGCUACGGGUCUACGCCUGGCAAAGAGGGCCCCCUCGAUUCCUUCUUCGCGGGCCUCCUGGGCGGCUACCUCGUCUUCGGCCAGCGCUCCAAGCGCUACGGCAAAAUCUCCUCCGUCAGCCAGCAGAUCGUCAUCUACAUCUUCGCACGCGUUGCUCUCGCCCUGGCGCGCCUCGCGGUCAAGCCGGGCCACGGCCUGCCCAUCGUUUCGUCCGAGCCGCUGCAUUCGCAAAUCAGCCACUACGCAUGGCCGGUGUUCGCCUCGGUGUCGUGGGGCUUGGUCAUGCUGCUGUUCAAGCACCACCCCGAGGAUCUCCAGUCGAGCUUGAGGAGCAGCAUGACGUACAUUUACAAGGACUGCGACGAGUGGGAUUCGCUGAGGACUUUACUCUGGCAUAACAAAUAGAGCGAAGGAAGGAAAGGGCCUUGUUACACGGUUAGUUGGAUAACAACUUGGUGUCCGAUAGAUGGAUGCCUUUUUCUUUUUAGAACGCGCUUUUUUGGAUGGGCACAUAGUCGGCGUUUAUGUGUUGCUGCAUUUACUUUGGCCACAUCACUGGUUUGCAGGUGUAGUUUACUGGAGGGUGUUUUUGCUGUCUGGGCUUUUACUGGAAGAUAUAUAGCGGUGAACAAAUGUACUGCAUGAACAAGAAAAAUAGCAAGCAAG